UCAAACCAAUACCAACACAUGGUGUGAAAAACGACUUGAGAAUUUUUUUCGAAUGCGUUGUUGGUAUCGCAAUCGAUUCAACAAUGGCUCAAGAUUUGAUAACAUCGACAUCAGAAAUGCCAAAGAGUUUUCAUAUCGAUUUAAGAAUUUAACAAAUGGUUAUAAUGUGGAUCCACAACGCGUUGAAAAAUUCAAUAUUUUAAUGAGAGAUUUGACUGAAAUUGGAUGGUCGGGAACAGUGAGUAUGAAAUUUUUCGCAAAAUAUCGUUGGUUUGAAUCACUGUGGUUGUUCGGUCAAAUGCAACGGCAAAUAGAAGUGUAUCACAGUCAUGCCGAACAAUGGAAUACCAUUCAUGAAAUGUUUCGUAACAAUCCGAACUUUCAAGAGCCAACAAUCAAUCGACCACCAAAAAUAAGCAGUUUUGCUCUUAUACUAUUAUGCGACUACCAUUUGAAAAACGUGCGAUUGGACAUUAAGGACUUGUAUUAUAAAAUUGUAAACGAGCUUGAUUUGGUGCCUUCUUUUCUCAAUACGCAGACCAACCGGAUGAAUAAGAGAAAUUUAAAGUACUACACCCAAACUGAUCGAUCAGGUCUAUGGAAUAUGUUGUUCGAUGUCGGUAAAAUAAAUAAAUUGGGCAAAUCGAAACCAUUCCAUCAUCAGAUUUUGACCGAUAGUGUUUCAAUAUCCAUAAUGUACAAGAAACCACAGCCACAACAACGACCACAGCGACAACAACGACCACAGCAAACAACCCAAGCGAAUCGGGGGCCGGAAAAACUCAUUGGCAAGAAAUACAUCAUUGGAAUCGAUCCGAAUGAAAAAUCGUGGUUAACUGUAGUGCGUCGCAACAUUCAAAAAACACCUGAUGAGCCGGCUGUUGAGGAAAACAUUAUAAUACCAAACCAGCGUUUUCAUUGGGAAACUCAGCAGAAAAAACGAGACAAAGAAGCGAAAAAGUUGGCUGGAUGGUUUGAUAUCGAAGAGAAGGAACAUCUCAAAACCUACCCAUAUCGUCCACCAUCACCACGUAAUUCAACAUGGAAAUCAUACAUUGAAUAUCGCAUUAAAAUGUUACGAAAAGGAAUGGCAGCUUAUGCGACGCGUGAAUAUGCACGACUGGAUUUAGACCAUCACAUUCGCUCGACCAGAGUAAAUGAUCAAAUCGCCGUGCGUGUGACAAACAACAAACCGUCGUUGGUUCAAUUUGGUGCUUGGGCGAUGAAACCCGAUCGACCGUUUGGAAUAAAAAAGCGUAAAAGAUGUCCGGGAUCGCGUAAGUUUCGUGUGAGCAUUAAGAAACUUGGACAUUCAGAAGUUGAAAUGCAAGAUGAAUGGGGAACAUCACAAACAUGCGCGAAUUGUCAGGAACGUUUUCCAAGGCACACAAAAGAUGAUCGAUUUAAAGUGUGCUACGAUUGUAGAGCGAAAAAGAUUGAUGGCCUGCCAGAUUCAGUCGCUGGACUGCCAGAUAUCAUUGUGUCAACGGUCAACAGACGUGUUUUGAGAAGAAAACGUGCAAUUAUUAAGCGACAAAUUAUCGAUGGCAAUCGUGAGGCUGUGAACGAAAAAAUUCGGACUGGGCGUUUAAUGUCAAAGGUUAAAGUUACCUACAAAAAUUGGCCAUUAAAUGUUGAUGAUGAUGAUGUUGUUCCACAAACAGUUACUUGGCACCGAGAUAUUGUUGCAGCAAAAUGCAUUAUGCUCAAAGGUAUGAAUCAAUUGGAAACAGAAUAUUCAUUAUUUAAUGUAUUUGCUUUAAAUUACAUAGGACUUUGCCGGAUCUUUGAUGUACCAUUGCCAGUUUCAUUGUUAAGACCGCCGGACUACAACAACAAUGUCAACUAACAAACAUCAUCAAUUAAUCAUACAUUCAAAAAAUUACAUAAAAUAAAAUAUUUUAACUAUUAUAGUUAGCUUAGCUAGACAUGAACAGACUAUAUAAAGUCUUGUGGUCUAGUUGUACAAUAGUACAACAUUGUACGGAGGGGGAGUGCCCGUAGGUGAGUAAAGUUUUUAAUUUAAAAAAAGUAUUUUAUACCCAGUUCAACUAAUACUAAUGGUUGUCUUUCCCUUUUUCCAUGUUUUCACACCUGAAUGUUCCACCAUGCCAAACCUAUGGAAAUGACUGAAACUACACACGAAUCUAACCCCGAAAACGACCGUCAAUAUGUGCUUCAUAAUGGAUGCAUUUGCCCUAUCAAUUGUUUGCUGGGUUGCUAGGUAACAUUAUCAAUCAAUACAAAUCAAUACACUAUUUAACUGUGAUUAAAAUCAAUACACAAGUACAAAAAGUACUUCUUUGUACAAAAUAACAUCACCAAUUACAACAGAUGACAUAUUCAAUAUGUGAAUCGGGCGCCUACUUUCAUCGGAUCUAUGUUUUUAUUUGAAUUUAAAUACCAUUACUUAAUAUUGUCAUCAAUGUAACCAUAAUUAUUUUUCUCUUAUCAAAUUUGUUUCAUAUUUCAAACAUCAACUAAAUUUUCUAAUUGUAGUAAACAUAUGACAUAAUUUUUGUACAGAUUUCAGUUUUAUAGCUCGCCGUUUUUUAUACGUAUCAGAAUAAGAAGUUUUCUUCACUUAUUUUUUCAUUUGAUUAACUGAUACAGUAUGUUCAACAUAAUAAUAACAUAAUAACAUAAUAAUAACUGCACCGAACAGCGUUUCUUCACCUUGGUGGUUUAUUCAAAGAAAUAUAAAUAUUAAAUAAUUGGCGCUGCGUCGUUACACCUGCCAAAAUAAUUCCUGCCCAAUCGUAUCAAAUAUCAAUUAAAUUAGUAUCACUAUUUGGUAUUUUUUUGGUAUAAAAAUCGUUGAA